AUGUAUGGACGAGCUCCAAGAGUGACCUUCAUGACAAGCGGCACCUCGUCCACUGUUGGACCUGGGUCGUACGAUGUCACCCACUGCAAAUAUCAAGUAUCAGAUGGCUAUGCUCCAUUCCUGUCCUUGACCAACAGACAGUCAGCAUUUAAAUCCACUGAGAGGAUACCAGGACCUGGACAGUAUGACUCCUCACCUGUUAAGCUAAAUGUCCAUGGUGGCUGCAGUCUUCAGAACCGCUCCAAGCGUUUUGAGGAGGUGGUAUCAGGGGUUCCUGGCCCCGGUGCCUACAACGUGCUGCCUGCCUCAGGAAAUACGCUCAGGGCUGUGACAGCGGAUGCAGGACAGGCUGAGAAGCUUGGCAGAAAAAUGUGGCUGCAGGCAAAAAGUCUCCGGCUAGUUCGUCAGUCAGAUUUCCCUUCCAUUCCUUCCCCGGGCCAGGCUUAUGGCUACGAGGAGGACGUCCUGGGUGUGCUCCGUAAGCAACAGCCCCCUCCUAGGGACACAACCCUGGGGCCAGCCUUCUACAAUCCAUCGCUGUCAGAGAUGAGUUCUGCACAGAAGUAUAAAGGGGUCCAUUUUGGCAACAUGACAGGAAAGAGAGAUGAGGUGACAGUGGAGGUGGGACCAGGUCCAGGACAAUAUUACCCUGAGAUAGUCCCAGAAACACACUAUGAAAACAUAAAUCUUAAAAAGGAACAGAAAGGCAGAGCUGAACUUAUCAUCCCUCGCUACUAUGAACUGGUGCCCAGCCAAGAGGAAAAGAAGGGAGUUCCGGGGCCGGGCCAGUACCACAUCAGAAGUCAGUUUGAGAAGCCUGUGAAGUCCAGUGGAAGCCUGCCGAAAUUUACUUGCCCCUUCCUUUCUCAGACUGAGAGGUUCAGCUCUGUGAAAGAAGUGUCGCCCCCUGUUGGUGUAUAUAAUGACCCACGCUGUUCCCUGGAGCUGCUGAAGAGGACAACAGGAGUGAAGAAAAGCCCAUUUGGCGUAACCGCAGCGCGCUUCACUCCUAACCACAUAAAAUGCUCCAUACCAGGUCCAGGAUCCUAUAAUGUGUUUGAGCAAGGUUUAGCCCAGGAGAGUUUUAAAAAGGCAUUUUUAGAGCAAAGCAGGAAGGGAGGCUUCGGCUCCUCUGCUCAACGCAACUCCUUCUUCCACAACAAGGAAUCGAUAGAGGCCCCAAGUCCAGGACAGUAUGAGACAGAGAAGAAGACAGAGGAGCGCUACAAAAAGCAGCACACAGCGGUUUUCAAAUCAGCCACAGAACGUCUGGCAUUAUCACUACUUGCUAAAGAUUCCCCUCCACCCAACCGUUACAAUGUGAGUCAGACAUUUGAGAAGUCUAAUGGCCACUCUUACUUAGAACCCCGAAGUGAAGGAGCCAAGAGACGACAGAGCUGCUUCCUCUCUGCUGCACCGCGGGACAGUUUCUUCAGAAGAUGUGACCCCAAUGUGCCAGGCCCUGGCCAGUACAACCCCAGUGUGAAAUCAUUCCCUCAAAUGGCUCUGAUCUCCUCCAGAGAAGAUCGAUUCAAGGCAUCCAUGAACACAAACCCUGGACCUGGCACUUAUCAGUUGAGUCCAGGUAUCAUGAACACAGUACUAAAGGGCACCUUCAAUGUGACACUCGACAACCCCCUGGGCCCCUGCUGCUCCCCUCGUGUGGCCCCUGGCCCUUUAAGGGCACAUGAGACCAUUAAUGCUAUUGCAACGCCCAACACCUUCAUCGCUACCAGCACUUCUUAG